AUGGAAACGGCGGGUUGCCAGAGGCUUGCACACCCGUGCCAUGUUAUUGCUGGGCCUCUAUCAAAUCCAAUGCUAUCCGACCAUCGUCAAGAAAUUCGCGGCCUGUUGACGGGCCAUCAGCAAACCGAUGAUGGUUAG